AUGCUGAAAUUUUUGAUUUUCCUAUUUCUCGUCGUAAAUUGCGAAUCGCAAUUGGGAAAUCAGCGAAAUCGCGAGAUUUUGUGCAAUUUGUGCCAAGCGAAAUUGGAGCACAUUUCCAGAAAAAUCGAAGCGAUCGGACACGUUUUGAAUGCCACGUUGGCACCGUUGGUUGAGGUAUUUAGGGCCCUAAAGCCCUUAGAAGCCUUGGGAAGCCCUCUAAAGCCCCCCUAAAGCCCUCUAAAGCCCUCUGGAGCCUUCUAAAGCCUUCUAAAGCCCCCUAAAGCCCCCUAAAGCCCCCAAACCCCAUUUUCAGCCAAAUAUCACUUUCAGCUCGGCUGUCAAGAUCCGCCAGAACUUGAAAUUCUCCAACUCCCAUGUCUGGUGGCUCAAAACAUCGUGCUGAAGCAGAUCCCGGAAUUUCUGAGCAAUUUGACCCAGAAUUUCGAGCCCUCGAAAAUUUGCAAUUCUUUAUUGGGCUGCUCCGAGGAGCCAGAUGCAAAGUCGUAAAAUUUUUAAUUUCAAAAAAAAUUUUUUUUAUUGUGGAAAUAAAUUAUUUAUAUGUUUGCGUGUUUUUUGAUGAGCUGGGGGGAGAUUGACGCAUUUUUUGUAGGUUGGAAUUUUGCUGACGUCUUUUCGGUAGCUUAGAAUUCUGCUGACGCAUUUCUAGUAGCUUGGAAUUUUGCUGACGCUUUUCUACCAGCCUAGAAUUUUACUGGUGCAUUUCUAGCAGCCUAGAAUCUCGCUGACGCUUUUCUAGAAGCCUAGAAUUUCGCUGACGCAUUUCUAGCAGCCUGGAAUUAUGCUGACGCAUUUCUAGAAGCUUAGAAUUUCACUGACGCAUUUCUAGAAGGCUAGAACUUUGCUGACGCAUUUCUAGAAGCUCAGAAUUUCGCUGACGCAUUUCCAGUAGCCUAGAAUUUUGCUGACGCUUUUCUAGUAGCCUGGAAUUAUGCUGACGCUUUUCUAGUAGCUUGGAAUUUUGCUGACGCAUUUCUAGUAGCCUAGAAUUUUGCUGACGCAUUUCCAGUGGCUCAGAAUUUCGCUGACGCUUUUCUAGUAGCCUAGAAUUUCACUGACGCAUCUCUGGUAGUUAAAAAAAACAGUUUUUAGUUCCUUGUGACGUCAAAAAAAGUACAAAAACAAAAAACAUACCAAUUUUUUUUUGUUUUUUUUUUUUCAAAUUUUUUUUUUCAAGUUGAUAACAAUUUUUGAGUGAUAUAAAUCUUCUUGUUUUUCGAAUUUUGUUGCUCAAAAAUUUUUUUUUGAAAUUUUAAAAUUUCAAAAAAAAUGUACAGUACUACUGUUCCGCUAGUCAUUCUACUGGCCCAUUUUUCGUUGGUCGGAGGUUACGGUGUGAUUUGGAAGGUGCGUUGGGCCUAGAGCCUUUUUAGGGCCCUCAGAAGCCUUGGAAAGCCCCUAAAGCCCCCUAAAGCCCCCUAAAGCCCUUUAAAGCCGAAAAUCCACGUGGCAAAUAGUAUUUGAAAAAUUUCUGAAACACUUUUUUUGAACCUAAAUUUCAAAAAUUUCAAAAAUCCACGUGGCAAAUUUUUUUCCGAAAUUCUCAAAUUUUAAUUUCAAAAAAUUUGAUACCAAACAAGCCUAGGGUUACUGUAGAAAAAUUCACGUGGCAAAUUUAAUUUGGAAAUUUCAGAAAAUUUUCAGUAAAAAAAAAUCCACGUGGCAAACAAUUUUUGGCAAAUUUUAGAGAAAUUUGAAUUUUCACAAUCUUGAAUUUUUGAAAAAUUUGAAAAAUCCACGUGGCAGGGGUACUGUAGGAAAAUCCACUUUUUCCUAAGCUUUUUAAGGCCUUCUGAAGCUUUCUGGAAGCUUCUGGAGCCUUCUGAAGGCCUUCUGGAAGCCUUCUGAAGCCUUCUAAGACCUUCUGAAGCCUUCUAAAGCCUUCUAAGAGCCCCCUGAAGCCCCCUGAAGCCCUCCAAAGCCUCAAAAAUCAAUUCCAGGACGAUACAAAUCCCAUGUGUGGCCCAUGUCAACUCGGCGUCGGUUUCGUCGAAUCGCAGCUCAAAAAAUUUGAGGGUGCCACCAAAAAAGAUCUGAGCGAUUUCGCCAAAUCCGUAUGCGCCAAGGCCCCAAAAAUCGAUAUUUUUACCGUACUCUGCACUACGGUUCGUGAUGAUUUGAUUGAUGUUGUGAUCAAAAUCAUCGAAGGAGUCGAGACACAAAUUGAUGCAAAUCAUACUUGUCGAGCUAUUGGGGUUUGUUAG